UGACGGCGCAGCGGGCCCAGUAUAUCCGCUCAGAGUGAGACCUCUCGCAGUGAUGUUUAGGUGCUUCAUGGAGACAGCAGCGGUGGACUGGAGAUGUUUCAGAUGUUCUAGCUGCUCCAGCUCUGUUCUGCCAGCGGCUCAUCUCUAACAUUAAGAUGGCGGAGCAGAACACGCAGGCAAAGCUGAAGAACCUGCUGAAGCAGGAGAGGAUCCAGCUGUGGAACCCUCCGUUCACCCAGGAGGACAACCAGCCAGGAGACCAGCACCUGCAGGAGCUGGCGCAGCGCUACGCUCCCCUCCUGAACCUGCCCGAGGCGGAGGUAGGGGGCGCCCUGGAGUCCAUCCGGGCCCAGGCCGUGGAGAGAGGGAAAGGAAACCGGACCUUCAGGGAGACGAGCGUGGCCACGCUGGAGCUGCUGCUGCCUAGAGACGCCAAAAAGGAACCAAAGGUGAAGAAGUUCCUGGAGACCAGGCUGGACGUCCCGGGGCAGCAGCUGGUGGACAGGAUCACCGAGGAGUUCAGCGUGAAACACGUCAAACUGAUCCUGAACGGGAGAACGCUGAGCGUGGAUCAGCGUCUGGAUGAGCAGGGGGUGAAGAACCACAGCAAGGUGAUGGUCCUGAAGGUCAGCGACGCCGAGCAGAUCAGCAAGGAGGAGGAGGAGAAGAAGAACCAGAAGGAGAGCAUCCAGAGGACCCAGAAAGGGUUCCAGAUCCUGUCGGAGAGAGACGGCAGCGAGGAUCCGGACACCACGCCGUUCCUGGAGAUCGCAGACCAGAAAGGAAACCCGCUGAAGAUCCCUCACCAGGAGAAAAAGGCUCUGAUCCUGGCCAUGGGUUUCCAUGAGAAGGGCCGCUCUCUGAUGAAGAGGAAGCAGUACGAUAACGCGCUGUGCCACCUGCUGCAGGCCGACCAGCAGUUCAGUAAAUGCGGGUCAGCUCUGCUCAGCUCCGUGGACAACUACGCCGUGCUGCAGCUGGACAUCGUGUGGUGCUACUGGGCCCUGGAGGCCCUGUCCUGUCUGGAAGACGGCCGGAACCGCCUCCAGCGGGCCGAGGACUGUUUCCUGAAGUGCUACGGAGAGCAGCAGCAGAGGCUGCUGAUGAUCAAGGGCAACACAGGCAGAGAGGAAGUCCUGUUCCUGCGUCUUUACCUCCUGCAGAGCCUCCUGUCCUACGUCGAAGGAAAUGAUAGAACGUCUCGUUCCCAGGUGGAGGACCUGUAUGGACGUCUUUCUCCAGACUCGGAGAAGAUGUCGCAGCUCCUGGUUCUUGGAUUCACGGAGCGGGAGGCCCGGUUGGGACUCCGGGCCUGUGGAGGAGACCUGCAGGAGGCCGCCAUCCACAUCAGCAACCAGCGGCAGGAGCGCGAGGAGCUGAAGCAGAGGGAGAGACGGAAGAGGAGGACAAGGAUGGAGGCCAUCAGCAGCCUGAUGGAGCUGGGCUUCUCCAGGACAGACGCAGCCAGAGCUCUGCACCACGCCGAGGGGGACGUGGACAAAGCGUACUCCGUUCUGCUGGACUCUCAGGCGGGUCGGAGCAGCUCCCAGGAGACGGUCAGCCCAGAGAGGGUGGAGCAGCUGCUGUAUCUGGGCUUUGACAGACCCUCGGCUGAAGAAGCCCUCAGGCUGACAGGAGACGACGUCCAGUCAGCGACCCAGCUGCUGUUGGACAAUCAGGGCGUCCUGUCCCCAGACCUGCUGUCUCCACCCUCCACCUCCUCGUCUUCCUCCUCUCCUUCUACCGAGGAGGCCGGCUCCUCGUCCAGCUCCCCAGAGGACAGCGAGCUGGUGAACGAGGUGUUGGAGGACAUCUCCCGUCACGAGGAGGACUAUCUGGACCUGACCCUGGAGGAGGAGAGCGAGCUCAUCUCCACCCUGAAGACCUACCUGAGCAGAGGACCGUCCCACACCGUCUGAGCCUGAGACAGCAGGUCCAGGCGGGACGUCCCCCCUCUGACUCCAGGAACCAUGAAGUGAAACUCUACGUUCUGAAGGAAGCUCCUCAGAUGUUUCAGUCGCCGAUUCUUUCAGUUUCUAAAUGUUUUGUUUCUGCUGCUUUUGUUCGAUCUGAUGAAAGUUUUCUGUUUGAUUUUCUAAGAGGAACUUCCUGUUUGGUGUCGUCUGGUUCUGAUGGAGCCUCAAUAAAACCUUCUGCACACUAAUCAGA